UCCCACCUCCAUGAUAUGCGUAGCAUUUUCUGACUGUAAUAUUUAUUAACUGCAUAAAGAAAUGUCGUUAGGGACACCUGGGUGGCUCAGUCGGUGAAGUAUCUGACUCUUGACUUCAGGUUCAGGUCAUGAUCUCACGGUUGGUGGGAUCGAGCCCCACAUUGGGCUUUGUGCUGACAGCGUGGAGCCUGCUUGGGAUUCUCUCUCUUCCUCUCUCUUUCUGCCCCUCCCCUAUUUGCAUGUGCACACUCUCUCAAAAUAAGUAAAUUAGCUUUAAAAAAAAAAAAAAAGCCAUUGAACUCCUAAACCUUUGAAAGGCUUUGUAUAAAAAGGUUCUCAAUUCAAUGGUAUUGAGUAAUGGUAUUAAUGGUAUUCAACUGUAUUGGAAGUGAGACACGAAAGAGCACAACCUAGAUAAUUCUGUUUAUUUGAAUGUCAAAAUAAAGCUAUAUAAAUCUACGAUGACAAGAGUUAGGGGAAUAGCUAUCCUUGCCAGGGGCUUCUGACUGGAGAGCACAUAGUGUCUUCCGGGUGCUGGAAACAUUCUGUGUGUUGAUCUCGAGGGUGAGUAAAUGUGUGAAAUGUGUACAUUAAGUGUAUAGUUAAGAUAUGCGUACUUUAUAGAGGUCCUGUCUCAAGAAGUUGAAUAAAUAAAAAUGUCUUCAAAAAAAUAGAUUCAGAAAGAGUUGUGUCAAAACAUGAAUCCACUCCUGUUUGGGGUCUGUAAGGUGUGGCUGGGGGACCACUCCUCUGUCUCCCCCGCUUCCCCGAAGCGUGGCCAAGGUGAGCGUCUGAAUGUUGGAAUUAUCAACGUUGCCAGCUGAAGGAGGCUGCCUCCUCCGUCUCGUGAUGUGGCCCAGUUUCCACCUGAUUCUGGGUGACCUUGAGGACAUAGGAGUGUUGCUGGGAAAGGGGAGGAGGAAAGGGGCAGAGACAAAGGGUGGAGCAGGCGGUCAGCUACAAUCCCCACAUCUCUUAGUGCCUCUGUCCCAACCUGGGGAGAAGAGAAGGUAGAGCAGAUCCAGCGAACGUCUCAGUGGAUUGUGAGAAAGCAGCCAGCACCGUGGAUGGCGUGGCAGGUGAGCGUGCCCGAGCUGGAGGACCGCCUUCAGUGCCCCAUCUGCCUGGAGGUCUUCAAGGAGCCCAUGAUGCUGCAGUGCGGCCACUCCUACUGCAAGGGCUGCCUGGUAAACCUGUCCCACCACCUGGACUCGGAGCUCCGCUGCCCAGUGUGCCGGCAGGAGGUGGAUAGCAGCAGCUCCCCGCCCAACGUCUCUCUGGCGCGGGUGAUCGAAGCUCUACAGCUCCCCGGGGACCCGGAGCCCAAGGUCUGCCAGCACCACCGGAACCCGCUCAGCCUCUUCUGUGAGAGGGACCAGGAGCUCAUCUGCGGCCUCUGCGGCCUGCUGGGCUCCCACCAGCACCACCGCGUCACGCCUGUCUCCACCGUCUACAGCCGCAUGAAGGAGGAGCUAGCGGCUCUCAUCUCUGACCUGAAGCAGGAGCAGAAGAAGGUGGAUGAGCAUAUUGCCAAGCUGGUGAACAACAGGACCCGGAUUGUCAAUGAAUCUGACGUCUUCAGCUGGGUGAUCCGUCGCGAGUUCCAGGAGCUGCACCACCUGGUGGAUGAGGAGAAGGCCCGUUGCCUGGAGGGGUUGGAGGGUCAUACCCGUGGCCUUGUGGCCUCCCUGGACAUGCAGCUGGAGCAGGCCAAGGGCACUCAGGAGCGGCUGGGCCAGGCUGAACGUGUGCUCGAGCAGUUCAGUAAUGAGAGUCACUAUGAGUUUAUCCGGAAGUAUCACUCCACGGCCUCCAGAGCAGAGCUCCAGCAGGCCCGGCCUCUGGAAGGCGCCUUCAGCCCCAUCUCCUUCAAGCCGGGCCUCCACCAGGCUGACAUCAAGCUGACUGUGUGGAAAAGGCUCUUCCGAAAAGUUCUGCCGGCCCCGGAGUCCCUCAAGCUGGACCCCGCCACCGCCCACCCACUCCUGGAACUCUCCAAGGGCAACACGGUGGUGCAGUGUGGGCUCCUGGCCCAGCGGCGAGCCAGCCAGCCAGAGCGCUUUGACUACAGUACCUGUGUCCUGGCCAGCCGGGGCUUCUCCUGCGGCCGUCACUACUGGGAGGUGGUGGUGGGCAGCAAGAGCGACUGGCGCCUGGGGGUCAUCAAGGGCACGGCCAGUCGCAAGGGCAGGCUGAGCAAGUCCCCGGAGAAUGGCGUGUGGCUCAUUGGCCUGAAGGAGGGCCGGGUGUACGAGGCCUUCGGCUGCCCUCGGGUGCCCCUGCCUGUGGCCGGCCACCCCCACCGCAUCGGCGUCUACUUGCACUACGAGCGUGGCGAGCUCACCUUCUUUGAUGCUGACCGGCCCGAUGACCUGCGGCCGCUCUACACGUUCCAGGCUGACUUCCAGGGCAAGCUCUACCCCAUCCUGGACACGUGCUGGCACGAGAAGGGCGGCAACGCGCUGCCUCUGGUGCUGCCCCCGCCCAGCGGGCCUGCCCACCUCACCCCCACGCAGCCCACCAAGCUGUAGGGCUGCCGGUCGGUCUGCCUGCCCGCGGGCUCUUCCCAGCCGGGGCUCCGCUGGGUCCAGUGUGCAGAGAUGAUGUUCUUUACCGUGUGGGAAGGUCUUCACGCCUGUGUGUUCCUAGAAACGUUUAAUGAUAGGAAGAAAAGGACCCUAAUCCCUUCCCCUACAGCCAGGGGCCUAUUGAUUCACCUUUUGCCGGGUUAUUCACCUCCUCAUAAACCAGCAGAACCAGGCCUGGGUGUCCACGGGUUAAGAUAGGCUUCCCUUGGUCCCUCCUAAGCCCACUUUCUGCUUCCUCUUUUAACUGAAGCUGGAAACAUUCCCGCACGUGAUUUCUCCGUGUCAUUGUGAACUUAAGGAUAAUAAAUUUGAUACCGUCUUUCUCUUUA